UUAUAUUUUUUUGAAUAUCCUUUCAGUCCAUUAAGUUUUUUUUUAAAGCAAGUCUCAUUCAAUAUCACAUCUAUAAUCCAAAUAAUUCUUAUAUUUUUUUAGUUCAAUCUAUGAUAAUGCCCUUGCCUACAAAUCUGCCCCCUCUUCUAUUUUGGGUUUGAUGCUGAUAGAUUAUUUUAUGAAACAAAUUGGUUCCAUUUGUUUUCACUUGCUCUUGACUAAUUCAACUUCGAAAGUAACAUUGUCAAAUUAAUCUGCUACAUUUUCAUCACAAUUAUUCUUUCUCAAUGUUGCAUUACCCACACACCACCCUUCACCUCAAUAUCUAUUCUCUCACUGGCGCGAUUCUCUCUCUCUCUCUCCAAAGGGUUUCUUCAUUCUCCAGCACGACUUCUUCCUUCUCUGUGUUUCGGUUUGGAGACUUAUGGAUGAUGUUUUAUUUUGAAUUCUUAUGUUAUUUGAUUCUUUAUAGCCAUGGUUUACGAAAAAUCUUACAUUCAAAAGUUAUUGCAAACUUGUUUUCACAACUUGUUCUCAUCAAUCUGUGGAAAUAGACCAGAGAUGGAAGAUGUUAUUGCUGUUAAACCUCAACUUUUACAAGUCCCUUUGCAGAUGCUCAUGGAUGACGACAAACAUAUAAAUGAAAACUCAAAACACUCACCAGCAUUUUUCAGUGACUAUGAUGGACACAGAGGUUUUCAGGUUGCUAAUUACUGCUGGGAGCGUGUUCAUUCCGUGUUGAUUGAGAAGAUUGAAGCUCAAUAAUCAAGUUUGACAGAAACAAAUGAGAAAAAUGGUUGACAGGAAGAUGGGAGGAAAGUAUUGUUCAACUGUUUUCAGAAAGUAGAUGACGAGGUUGGAGGAACUGGUGCCGGUAGUAGCCGAAGUAACGGCGGGGGAUCCGAGUCUAACAUUGAACCUAUUGCUCAUGCGACCGUUGGCUCCAAUAACAUUUCCUUAAAGAAAAAAUAACAUUUCUCUAUUGUUAUUUUCUGCACCAGUUCACUGUUAAUGAGUUGUUAAGGUGGAUAGUAGAAACUCUUUAACAGAUACUGAUGUUCAUUUUAGUUUAUGACUAAUAUCAUUUUUCCAUUAUAUGUGCUGAAGCUUAAAUAUCGAGGGCUUCAAAAUUGCCUUCUCAUGAAAUGAAUUAUUGUUUCUUGCGAGAUCUUUUGG